AUGCCGCAGAACCCCAUCUCGAAGAAGCGCAAGUUCGUACAAGACGGAGUGCUCUAUGCUGAGCUCAAUGAGAUGCUCAUGCACGAGCUCGCUGAGGAUGGCUACUCUGGCGUUGAGAUCCGCCGUACCCCCAUGAGGACGGAGAUCAUCAUCCGUGCCACCAGGACCCGCGAAGUUCUUGGCGAGAAGGGUCAGCGCAUCCGCGAGCUCACUUCGGCUGUCCAGAAGCGUUUUGGAUUUGCUGAGGGAACCGUGGAGAUGUUCGCGGAACGUGUCCACAACCGUGGUCUCUCUGCCAUGGCUCAGGCUGAGUCUUUGAAAUUCAAGCUUCUCGGAGGUCUUCAGGUCCGCAGGGCCUGCUAUGGUGUCAUCCGCUUUGUCAUGGAGAGCGGUGCCCUGGGGGUUGAGGUUAUAGUUUCUGGAAAGGCUCGUGUUCAGCGUGCCAAGUCGAUGAAGUUCAAGUCUGGAUUUCUCAUCACCACUGGUAGACCCGCUCAGGUGUUCAUCGACAAGGCUACUCGCCACGUCAUGAUGAAGCAGGGUGUUUUGGGUAUCCGCCUCAAGAUUAUGCUUCCCCACGAUCCUGAGGGCAAGAACGGACCCAAGACUCCCUUCCCUGACACCGUUACCAUCCUCGACCCCAAGGAGGACAAGCCCCCUGUCGUUCCAACCAAGGGUGACGAGAAGGCUUUCGCUGCACCAACCAUGGGUGCCCCUCGUGCGAUGGGUGCUGCUCCCAUGUACCCUUAA